GAGUGUUGUUGCAGCAAUAAUGCUCAUUUAGUACUUGCAUGGUGUACCGCGAGAUUUUAGUACAGCGCACAGCUCUCAGGCCAUGGCUGCGUGCCUCCUAGGGAUAGUAAAUGCCUGAAAAUGGGCGAAAGGUCGCAAUGGGUCGUCUGAGUAAUCUAGGAGCUCGUUGAUAUCCAUCGAGUCAAAUAUGAUGAGUUUCUAAUAAGCGGCAGCUGACUGGAUUGGUAGCAAUGCCAAUGCCUCUGUGAGAAGGUACCAAGCAUUGAACAAUGCUGGGAGGGGCAGCUCGUGGGAGUGUAGAGGGCCUACAACGUGUUUUUCUAGCUUGGGACUACUGGGAAUUGGCAGAUCGUGCUGGCGCGGAUGGUGGUGUGACAAAGGAACUUGAGGCUCUACCCCAAUCUUUCGAGUCUGCAGAGGAUUACAUAUUCCGAUUCGCGCCACUAGUGCUUGAAGAAUUGGGAGCCCUCAUAUUGCAAGGCAGUGAUGAGGGGGUCAUGUUCCAACCACAUCCUGCAGUCCUAGCAGCCUAUAAGCAGACCGAUGACUUCCUCAUAGCGCGUCUGGCGUUGCCGGCCGGGGUGGCCAGCACUUUCAGGGACAACGACGCCAUCCUCCUGUCAAAGGACGAUCCCAAUGAUGAGGAUGCCAUUGGGCAGCUGCAUGCACUGGGCAAGGUGGAGGGCAGGGAGGGGGAGCAGAGCCUGUCCGUGUGCUUCUACCUGUCAGAUGACUCCCAGGCAGGCAAUCCUGCUGGCAUGCAGAGGGUGCGGGCCAUGCGAGCGGGUCUGUCCACUGCAAACAGCUGCUGGUUCCUUCUGCGCCUGUGCAACCUGUCCACGCUGAUCCGCGAGUGGACGGCCCUGCAUGCAUUCCCAUCACUGUCCUUCAAGGACGUCUUGCUCUCCGCCAAGCCUCCAUUGAAGGACGGCAAGCAGGCCCUGUGCAUCCCUCAGCGCGUGCAGCAGGCGAUGGAGGCAGAGUACAAUGAGAGCCAGAUGAGCGCUGUGACUGCAGGGCUCGACCGGUCCCCGGUCGUCCUCAUUCAGGGCCCUCCCGGCACAGGGAAGACGAGGACAAUUCUGGGCCUGCUGUCCAUCAUACUGCACGCGGCUCCGGCGCACUCCGCUGGCCUCAUCAAGCGCGCCCCGGCAGCCCCCAUGCCCGAGUACGUGACGGACGACGUCCGCCGCCUCUGGCGCAGCGCCGCCCCCUGGCUCGCCGGCAGCGCCGACCCCAGGGACGAUGUGUUUGGGAGGGAUGCCGAGAGCGAGCGGGGAACGUUUGGGCUGCUGGACACGCGGCCGCCCGUGCGAGUGGGGCAGGCGGUGGGGCCCAAGGCGCACGUGCUCGUCUGCGCGCCCUCCAACUCCGCCCUCGACGAGAUCGUCUCGCGGCUGCUGCAGGCCGGCCUCCUGGACUGGCAGGGCAACCGGUACAUACCCAGCAUCGUGCGGGUGGGCCUCUCCGUGCACCACUCGGUGGAGGCUGUCUCGCUGGAUGCUCUUGGCGGGCAGGCAUCCAAUCCGGCGGCGCGCGACCGCAUCAAGCUGUCGAUCCUUGAGGAGGCGCACAUCGUGUGCUCCACACUCUCCUUCUCCGGCUCGGGCCUCUUUGCGCGCAUGUCGCGCCCCUUUGAUGUGGUCGUCAUCGACGAGGCUGCCCAGGCCGUUGAGCCCUCCACUCUCGUCCCCCUUGUCACCGGCUGCCACCAGGUGUAUCUGGUGGGCGACCCAGUGCAGCUGCCGGCCACGGUCAUCUCCUCCCGGGCGGUCGAGCACGGCUACGACAAGUCCCUCUUCAAGCGCCUGCAGAGCUCCGGCUUCCCCGUGCAGGCAAGUCCCCAGGGCUCGCCGACCCAGAACCAACUUGAUGAAUCCAGACCUGCACCCUGCAAUGCAUGCUACAGCAUGGUCUCAACAACAAUUCCCAAGCUGCCAUGCAAGAUGCUCGACACGCAGUACCGCAUGCACCCGGCCAUCUCGGCGUUCCCAUCGGCUGAAUUCUACCAGGGCAGCCUGCGCGACGGCGAGGGCACCGAAGCCAGCACCACCCGAGCCUGGCACGAGCACGCCUGCUUUGGGCCGCUGGCGCUGUUCCAGGUGGCGGGGAGGGAGAUGGUGGAGGAGGGCGCCACCUCCAUCAUCAACAAGCAGGAGGCCGAGAUGGUGCUGUGCAUCUACCGGGAACUCGUCUCCCGCUACCCGCACCUGCGCACCUCCCACCAGGUCGCCAUCAUCUCCCCCUACUCCGCCCAGGUGAAGCUGCUGCGGGCGAAGUUUGUGGAGGCGCUGGGCGCGGAGGGACGGCACCUCGUGGAUGUGAACACCAUCGACGGCUUCCAGGGCAGGGAAAAGGAUAUAGUGAUAUUCUCGGCGGUGCGCUCGUCGACGCAGCGCAAGGGCAAGAUCGGGUUUGUGGCGGACGAGCGGCGAGUGAACGUGGCCCUGACGCGCGCGCGGGCGAGCCUGCUCGUGGUCGCCAACUUCAAGGUGCUGGAGCGGGACGGACACUGGAGAAACCUGGUUAAGCACGCCACCGCCAACAAGUGCCUGUACGUCCCACAGAAGCCCUUUGUGGACUUCCUCAGCAAGGUCAUACAGGGCCAGGUCGGGCCAUCGGAGGAUCUGAACAGCGCUGGGGAAAAGGCAUCAUUUGUUGCACAAGCGGAGCCCGGUGUCGAGGAUGACGCAGACCUGUACAGUGAUGGGGAGGCAGAUUACAUGGAGACAGAUGUGCCACAGCCGCUGGCAGCAGACAUCGAUGCAAGCGCUGCAUUGCCACCAGCCAAGGCAGAUGGGGCAGGAGCAAAGAAAGGGGCAAAGGGCGCAAAGUGUUCAAAAGUAGGUGGUAGGAGAUGA